CUCUGUCCAGCACCGGCUCCUCUCUGCGUGUAAAUGCGCACUGUCUCACUCACCGGACACUGGAGAGAGACCGGGCGGCAUUAAUACCGGCGAACUGUCAGCCGGCUGCUCAGUUCAUUGGGUGUUGACAGUCGUGGAAAUUUAAGGAGGAAAUAGUUUGUUGUAAUCUGUUUUUUCUACUUUUCUACAUGCACUUUGCAAAGCGAGCAUAGAUGUCAUCGCAGAGCAUGCUUAUCACUGGAAGCUCACGAUUGAAAUGGACGGACGCAUUUCUUUACUUGGGUCUGUUCAUGCAGUCGGCGGUUUGGGAAACGACAGAGGCCAUCCACCCAGAUUGCGCUCUGGUUGUUCAGCACAUGAAGGCUGAGGAAGAAUGUUAUCAGAUCCUCAAGCAGGAGGAGAACAACCACUCUGCUAAGACAGGCUGUCCAACAGUUUGGGACAACCUUCAGUGCUGGUAUCAUGCUGAGGUGGGACAGGUGGUCAAUAUCUCGUGCGCCUCUGGCAUCUGGCAGCUGUUGCCUAAUAACCAAGGUUAUAUCUAUAGGAACUGCACUGAGAAAGGAUGGUCGGACUUCUACCCAUCCUAUGAAGAGGCCUGUAAGAUUCCAGAGGAUGAAGAAAUCGAACCAGAGACAACGUAUUUCUCCAACUUCAAACAGGUGUACACUGCUGGCUACGCUACCUCCCUCAUCUCUCUUAUAUCAGCUAUUUUUGUCUUCACUGUCUUCAGGAAAUUUCACUGCACCAGGAACUACAUCCACAUGAACUUGUUCUUCUCAUUCAUCCUGAGAGCGAGUGCUGUCUUUAUCAAAGACGCUAUCCUUUUUUCUGAUGAAAACAUGGACCACUGCUUUAUGUCUACAACAUCCUGUAAAUCAGCCGUGGCCUUCUUCCAGUUCAGUAUCCUGGCUAACUACUUCUGGCUCCUGGUGGAGGGCAUGUACCUGCAGACACUGCUCACUCUCACAUUUGUCUUCCAGAAGAAAUACUUCUGGUGGUACAUACUUAUUGGCUGGGGUCUCCCGACAGUAAUCAUAACAGCUUGGAUUCUAACUCGAAACUUCUACGACAACAGGGGGUGCUGGGAUGACACAGAUGUGGCCUUUAUCUGGUGGAUCAUAAAAGCUCCAAUAACGGCAUCACUACUGGUGAACUUCAUGAUCUUCAUCAACGUAAUCCGUAUUCUGGUCCAGAAGCUUAGGUCUCCUGGUGUUGGUGGCAAUGAUACCAGUCACUUCAAGAGGCUGGCGAAGUCCACGCUGCUGCUCAUCCCACUGUUCGGGAUGCAUUACAUGGUGUUUGCCUUCCUGCCAGAAAACACAGGGACAGAGGCACGCAUCUUCAUAGAGCUCGGUGUGGGUUCCUUCCAGGGCUUUGUGGUGGCACUGCUCUACUGUUUCUUGAAUGGUGAGGUGCAGGCUGAGCUCAAGAAGAGGUUUUGGAAGUGGCAGACUCAGAGUUACCUGAGCUACAGUAAACGACGGCGCACCCUGUUCACUGAAAGCAGCACAAUCACUCAGAUAUCUGUCCUGGACAAAUCUAGCCCAAAAGAUAAGCCAGGCUCUGAGACACACGCCCUCACCAAUACCGUCACACACAGCAACGUCUCGGCUGUGUGAAAAACAGCCGACAGCACGUAGUUGUCCUUUUCUACACCUGCCUGGUUAGCAGAGACUAAAUCACAGAGCCUGAUUGUUGAACGUUUAAGGUACCUCCUAAUUUGUAUGCUACAUUUUUUUUUAGAAGUGUGGGACUUGUAGGCUUACCGUACACUAAGUCUAAUUUGAGUUCAGCUCAUUAAUUCAUAACAUCCUAUACAUCAUUUCACAUUAAACCUUUCUCCAUGAUGACACUAGAUAUCAUGUUGGCAGAACAAGAGGUCAUUUGUUUUUUGUUUUUUUCAGAUUUUGUUUUUAUGCUCCGGGGCCCCUCCUCCACAUCUUACUCACAACCACCAAAUUUUUUUCUUGCCUUGUUUAUCACAAAACCAUGUCUUGAACUGCUCAGUUUUGUGGGUGACUGUUUUAGUAUUUAGCUUUCAUUCUCAUUAUUUUCUUCCAACCUGCUCUUAAAAGGAAAUGGGCAAAAAUAAAUAAAUACAUAUGUAUUCAUUGUUGUCUCAAGCAGGCACCAGACAGACAGUUUUAAAUGUAUAAUUACAGGCGAAUCAAUUUUAAACCUUUCUGAAAAUUGUAUCACUCCUUUUUGCUUAGUUGUUAGUGGUUGUCCAGUAUUGAUAAAUCUAUUUAUUGAUUAGAAAACAUGAAUUAAACUGAUCCUGUUACGCUCA